UUUCAUCAUAAGCAUCCUACUGUCACCUGUCAAAGUGUCACUGUUACGUCAAUGUCACUUAACCUCACUUUUUAAAAUAAAAAACAUUGGGCCCCAUUUUCAUUAAUUUUCGAGUUUUUGCCAUAUAAAACAUGGCAAAACAACUCGUGGGCCUAACGAGGAGUUUACAAAAACUCCAAAUAACACGUAGCUUAUCAUCUCCCUUGUUAACAUGGCAAGAUUCCAGCGCCACACAAGUUAGACUCCUUAGCACCACUUCAGUCCUAAAUACCAGUUUUUUUAACAAACUCCCUGCGAAUCAUUUAUGGAACAGUAUUACCUCCGUGAGUAAUGCCGGUAAAAAGAGAGGAAGAGGCAAAAGAGUGUCCCGAAAACUCAUAAAAGACUUAAACAAAGGACAAAUUAUUGGUGUGGGUAAGGCAAACAUUGUAUGGCCGGGUCUCUCAGCUCCGAUUAUAAGAGGCAAAGAGCUUGUCGAGCAAGUUCAACUGCCAGAAGAUCCCGAGCGAGAACAAAAACUGAUAGAGCUACGUAAUAAGAUGGGAUUUCAAAAGUACGCGAAGCUGAGCCCCCUGGAAAGAGGUUGGAGCGGUACUAAAAUGCCUGGAAGGAGUCUUGGACCCCCCGAUCCUAUCGGAGAAGAUAAUUUCGAGGGAUUUGAUUCCAGAGUUAUCGAACUGAGGAACAUUACUAUUAUGAAGGGGAAUUUUGGGAGAAAACGGAGAAUGAGUGCGUUAGUGGUUACGGGAAACAAAAAUGGCCUAGGAGGCUUCGCUAUGGGCAAAGCCCUUGAAGGGAAAAACGCCUUAAGAAAAGCGAAAAACCGUUCGGGACAAAAACUGAUGCACAUUAGGAGGUACAACGAUCACACGGUUUGUCACAACUUUUUCACGCAAUUCGGCUCGACAAAGAUCUUCGUUUGGCAAAAGCCGGAAGGAUACGGUCUCAAGUGUCACAGGGCCAUUAAAACCAUAUGUGAAGUUAUCGGGAUAAAAAAUCUCUAUGCUAAAAUCGAGGGUCCCACUAAUGUAAAUCACAUUAUGAAGGCUUUUUUCUUAGGCCUGAUCAGGCAGAAAACCCCUGAACAAAUUGCCCAAGAGAAGGGUCUUCACUUGGUGCAAAUCUCCGAGGAAACCAACUAUUUCCCCAAAGUUAUUGCCUCACCGGCCGAAUGUAAGAAAAAAGAGGAUCUUCUCAAAGAUGAGAUCUUGGAUUAUAAUCAAUACUGUUUCGAUGGCCGGGUGGUGCUCAAGAAGAAGAUCAAACCGCCGUUCUACAUGAAGUUAGCCUCGUUUCAAAGGUACAUCAAACGGUAUGAAAGAACUAGAAGCCAGCCGGAAGUUAGGAGGAAUUUGAUAGCGGAAUAUGGGGAAGUGAGGAGCUUUUUGGCGGAUAAAUACCCUGAGUGUCGUGUGACUAGGUACGUUAAGAAAAAACCUCAGGAAGAAGAGGAAGGAGAAGGAGAGGAGGCUGAAGCGUAGCAAUUUAAAUUAGUUUAGGUGGAAAUUUUGGAACUUAAUUUGAUACAGCAGAUGUUUCAACUGUUACUUUUUUGUAAAUACAUUAUUGUACUUUUUUAAAA